AUGUCGGCUGGGGGCUGGCCGCGCUCGUACAACGGCUACUGGUCUUGCAGCUGUGGGACGGCGGACAACUACGCAACGCGCAAGAAGUGUCGGGGAUGUGGGGCCCUUGGACCGCGCAAAGAACUCACGUACAAGGACGUGCUGCAGGGCCCGACAAAGCGGGAGGCGGCGCUCCAGAAGCAGGUGGACUUCACGCGGGCAGAGCUGCAGGGCCUCAAGAAGCAGCAGCACGCCACGCAGGAGGAGGACGACGAGAAGCCUGUGGACUUGGAUAAGCUCUUCAGGUGGGCCCAGUCCUGCAAGACCGAGUGGGGAGACCAGUCAGUCGAGUACCAGCAGGCUCAGGAGCGCUACGUGCGCGCCAAGGAUGCCAAGCGAAGCACGACGCCGCACUCGGUCCAGCUCACAUUGGCACGGGUGGCCAGAGAGAAGCUGGAGAAGGAGGAGGCGGCAAUCAUCGACGAGGUCAAGCGGCACCAGAAGGCCACGCAGGAGGCACAUGAGAAGCUCACCAAGAAGAGGGAGCAGCUCGAGGUCGCAAGGGCCAAGGAGUCGGAGCUUAAGGUCCAGGACGUAUCCGUCAAAGGCAAGGGCUUCCCCACGGCCAUGCAGAAGCAGUGCGAGGGUGCCGUCGAAGGCAGCGGCAUCAGCAUGGCGGAGUACGAGCAGCUGUUCGCAGCGCUCGGCAAAGUGCUGGACAACGUCAAGGAGGAGCCCAAGGACGACGAGGACGGCAUGGACACUGAGGAGGUGCAGCCAGAGGAACGCAAGAUGAACGCGAGCAGGGUCCGCAGCUGUCACCUGAAGAACAAGAGUGGCGACAUGCAGGAGGGAUUCCCGCGGACGCCAGCGAAGCACAGCGAAAGCGUUGGAUGGAGGUGUGCGUCAGCCUGGCGGAGCAUAACAAGCGGGCCAAGCGAUCCUAGCAGGCUGCGCAAGAACAAGCAUGAGAGCCUCACACUGUGGACUUUCAACGGUUCGGGGUGGGGCACCAUCAAGGAGAUGAUCGAAGGAUCUGAAGGGGGCAAGCUGCAGUGCUACGCAGUGCAGGAGCAUCGGCUCAUGGACGACAGGAUCGCGGUGGUGUCGCAGAGCAUGAAGGUGCAGGGGUACCAGUUCGGCGGCGUAGCAGCGAACCAGACUAUAGGACCAGGUGGAGAAGCAGGUACCUCAGCGGGCGUUGCGGUGGUGGCGCCCAGGUGCAUAGGCAUGACCUACCUGUAUGGCAAGGAGAUGUGGGACCUGUCACCGCGCAACAGUCCAGGGAGAGCUGUAGCUGCGUGGUUAGCGGUCGGUAAGGGCAUCAUCUACGCGUCGGUCUACUUGUGGACGGCGGAGGGCAUGGCGUUCAGGAACACGGAGAUCAUCAACAAGGAGAUUGGACACUUGGAGGCGAUUGGAGUGCCGUGGAUCAUCGGGGGAGAUUUCCAGGUGGCGCCCGAGAAGAUGACGGAGGUAGAAAGCGUCAAGAUGGCCAAGGCGCGAGUUGUAGCGUCAGGAGCCAGGUGCGGCACGUGCAGACAUGCGCAUGGUGCAAGUGAGAUCGACUACUUCAUCGUUUCGGGCAGCCUGGUCAGCCAGGUGAUGGAUGUCAGAGUGCAGGAGGAGUGGCCGUCGGCGCCCCACAAGCCAGUGGGGCUCACUCUCAGGCUAAAGGUGAAGGAGCGCAUGGUCAGGGUGCUGGAGAAGCCGAAGGCUUUGCCAGAGCUGGGCAUUGGCUGCACACCAGCGCCGCCGAGGUACCAGGACAUCGCGAGUUUCGGGUCGCAGGUGGAUGCCAACCAGGCGUGGAAGCAGUAUAUGCAGACACUGGAGCAGGAAGCCUUUGCAGUGCGAGGUCUAGUAUGGGCACCGGACCAUCCUGCAGCAGGACGGGCGGAGGAGCCGACUUGGAGGAUCAAGCCGCUCAGCUUCGGCGGUGCCAACGUUUCGCCAGCAGCUAGAGAAGCAGUAUGGUGGAGGUGGUUGGCAAAGACUUUGCAGAAUUUGCAUGGGGCAUAUUCUAGGCUCAAGAUGGCGAGAACAGGUGACAUCCAGAGGCAACGGCAGCGGGAGGCAACUGCGCAUGAGCACCAGUUCGUCAUCGCGCGCCAGCGGGCGAAGCACCUAAAAGCUGAGGAGCAGGGCAAGCGGCAGGCCAAGUGCGGGUUGCUGGCUGCUGGGUUACUCCGAGGAGCGUUACAAGAGGCGAAGUUGCAGCAAUGGGCGCAAGAAAGCCAGGCCAAGAUGAAGGAGUACGACCAGAAGCUCUUCAAGGAGAGGGAGUGGAAACAGAUCUGGAGGGUCGGCGAGCAGAUCCAGGAGGAGGUAAGACCGUGGGAGUGCGAGGAGCGUGACAAGCUCGAGCCUUUCACGGGACAAGAUGUGGACAAGCUCAAGGAGGUGGAACGGACCUUGUACUGGCCCAUCCACAUGGGCACGGUGCUGUUCUUCAUGAUCCCGAAGACCUUCACCGCGGACAGGGUCAUCGGUUUGCUGCCCACAGCCAUCAGGGUGCGGGAAAUUAGGCGGGAGCCGUACAUGGUCAAGUGGGCCAAGCAGAACUGCAGGAGCUGGGGCUGCACGAGCUGCGGUAAGGCGGCGGAGGACGCGGCCUGGGAGGUGCAGCUCAGCCACGAGAUGGACGACGCGGAGGAGCAGAGCGAGGAGACGCAGGCUACGAUCACGGCGGUGUUGGACUUGGUGAAGGCUUUCGAGAAGGUCAGCUUGCACGUAUUGUGGGAAGCAGGCAAGCAGCUAAUUUUCAACACAGGGGUGCUGGCUGUGGUGUGCUCAUAUUUCGCCAUGAGCAGGCGCCUCAUCGUGGGUGACUCGGUGUCCAGCGAAACCCAGACGGUGGCCACCAUCGUCGCGGGUAGCAAGUUCUCAGUGUGCUUCUUGAAGAUGGUCAUCCAGUCCACGUUGGAUGGCCUGGUGGUGGAGAGACCGAGGGCGCGUUGGAGAAUGUAUGUGGACGACCUGUGCGUGCGGUUACGACAGCAGCACCAGUGCAUUGUUACGGAGUUUGAAGAGACAAUCGACAGUUGUUUCAGAGGCUUCGAGAAGAUAGGCUUGAAGUUCUCGGUGGGCAGCAAGGGUAAAGGCGCUGUGAUGGCGAGCACUAAGUGGGCGCGAAAGGCCGUGACAGGGCCGAUGCGUGAGCGAGAGCUGCCAGUGGUGAGGGCCUGCCCGUACCUGGGGGUUGACAUCGCCACGCACGGUACGGCGGCAAAGGCUAAGAACGGCAAGAGGCAUGCUAUUAUGAAGGCCAGGCGUCGGAGGCUGCUCACCCUGAAGGGAGGGCGCAAGAUGACCAGGGGCGUUGGCUUGGUGUUCAAGUGUGGUCUAAAGCGCUCAGUCUUGUACGGGUGUAAGUGCUUAGGCAUGCCAGACCACCAGCUACGACAGCUACGACGUGAGGCAGGACGAUUACUACCAGGAGGUCGUGGAGCCCGAAGCCUCACCCUCCAGCUGGCGGUUGCGCAGGAGGAGCCGACGUACGAGGUCACUGAGGCGCCGAUAGUAAGGUGGGCGCGUGCAAUGUGGCAUAGCGCACAAGACGAGGAUGGAGCAGGACAAUGGGACAGCAUGGGCACCGUGUUGCAGCAGGCGUGGAGACGGCCGCAGCAGGAGGUCGGCAUGAAGCCAGUGUGGGCCCGAGUGCGGGGGCCAGCAGGUGCUGUCAUCAUGUCCAUGAGAAGGGCCACGUGGGCGUGGCCUGCGUGGCAUACUUUUGUGUCGAAGGAGGGCUUCGAGCUGAACAUGCAGGAGGUGUGCCCUAUGGACAUUGCAGCGAUGGUGCGCAAGGGCGUGCAGGCGACCCUCUGGAAGGAGUGGACGCAGGCGGAGGAGCUCAGGAGCCUGGGCCCAAUGCCUUUGGUGGCACCAGCGGUGGCGCAGUUGCGAGCACGUGAGUUCCCGAAGCAUGCCAAGAAUGCAGCGAAGAAGGUCUUCAUCGGAGGUGCGUGGACCAUGGAGAAGCUUUGCACAUGUAAUAUCGUGCCCACGGACAUCUGCAUGGCUUGCGGUGGGGCGGUGGGCACCGAGCACCAUCGGUAUUACAAGUGCACCGCGCUCAGGGACCAGCGUCUGCAGGCGCUGGCGGACUGGCAGCACGUAGCCGAGCAGCAGGACACCAACAUGCUGUGGACGCGGGGGCUGGUGAGGUCUCCAGAGGCGGACUGGAAGUUCGUUGGCAUUGCGGAGGACCAGUACUACGAGCAGGUGGUCGACGGUGAUGAGGACUAUCUCACAGGCGACAUCGUCUGUGAUGGCUCCAAGCUCGGGUACAGCGACUGGGCGCAAACGGGCUGGGCAGCCAUGUCGCUCACCGACGAUGGCACGGCGAAGAUGCAGAUGUGGGGCCCGUUGCCUUGUACACUGCCGAUCCAUAGGAGGGUUAAGAGAGCAGAGAUGUGGGCUUUUCUCAAGGUGCUGGAGCGGAUUUGGCACAAGGUGAAGGACCUGGACCUGGAUAUACAAUGCGUGAUGCACGUGAAGGCCCUCAGGUCCAAGGCCAGGAUCCAGCAGCUCGCGGGCGACGACCUGAAGAUUGCGAAGGGCAACAGCGAGGUUGACUUGCUGGCGAAGGCGGGCGCGGCGCAGGACGCGCACUACGGCAAGCACCAGGCGCUGGAGGACCUUGCAGGGCGCGCGCGUUGGGCGCUGCAGAAUACAGGAUGGUGGUACCAAAAGAUGGGCGGCACGUGGCCAGACGUGCCGCCCAAAGCAAAAGGGGUACCGAGACGAAGAGUGCCGAGGCCGCUGCUCACCCUCACCGAGCACGAUAUCGUGGAGACGGGUGGGUGGCAGGUAUGCGUGAGGUACAACACGAAGAUCGUGCAGAGCUUGAGGGGCAGGACAGGGCUCAUCGUGUUGAAGUUCAUGGGCCCGCUAGCUCCUCGUGGGCGCUCCACAAAGGACGACGCAAAGAGGAAGAAGCGAGACAGGAUUCUGGCUGGGAAGAAUCCGCAGAACGGCAAGCCGCCGGAGCAGGGGAUACGAGCUCGCACGGGGGAGCACCAGUUGCACUAUGUGAGCAUGGUGAACAUGCUGGUGCAGAUGAGGCUGGAGGGCCGGCCAACGUACGGGUUCGUGCUGGAGAACCAGCUGAACCAGGCCAGUCAGGCCUGA